GAAUAUCGCGUGACGACUGUAUAAGGUUCGUCUGUUGCCUGCAGCUGCCACAGCGAAGAUGGCAGACGCUUUGAGCAAAGUGCCCGAUGUCGACAUUGACCCAGAGGGAAAGUUUAAAUACAUAUUAGUGAACAUAAAGGUUAAAGGUGGAACGGAACAAAAAGUGAUAGUGAGGGGAACUAAAACUGCCGAGUACCACAAUCACAUAUUUGAAAAAGUGAAUCCUGCAAUGGAAGCCUUGGGACUGGAGUGUAAUUGUCUUGGUGGUGGCAAGAUUGAGCACAACAACACAGAAAAGAAACUUCGGGUGUUUGGAGAGUCUACGGGAUAUGGCAAGGCUGACCAUGCUGUCACAGUGGAAAAGCUAAAAUCUGUCUUCAAAGACUAUGAAAUCACUAUGGAAUAGAAUAAGUUGAUCACUUUAAAUUCAUGGACAUGAACAUUUUGUGAAAGUCCACAAUUUGCUAACACUUUAGCUAUCGAUUAUUUUCAUUUGGUUAAAAAUUUAGGCUGAUGAGACAGUCAAUAAACGUUCACUGAUUUGCCAGCUGUGUUAGUUGAGGUUAGAUCAUUGACCUUGAUUGGGAGGUCUAACCAACACAGGAACUCUGCAUGUGUUUUGCAGAGUGAUAAACAUAUCCAGUCUCCUGUCUCCAUCAUGGAAUGUGUCUGUGUAGAGAUCAGGAACAGAUAAAAGAGUGUCUGAAUGAUUCAUGGUAUAUCUAUUAAACCAGUUACUGGACUUCAUUGAGAAAUUUG